AUGGUUGAUGCAGUAAAAAAUAUCCACCAACGCCUUGCUACCACUUAUGAUCGUCAAAAGAAGUAUGCUGAUAGACGAAGGAGACCAUUAGAAUUCACAAUCGGAGACAAAGUGUUCUUGAAAGUUGCACCAAUGAAAAGGGUAUUUAGAUUUGGAAAAAAGGGAAAACUUAGUCCCAGAUAUAUUGAUGCUUCAUAUAUAUUGCCAGAUAACCCAAUGGAUCUGAAAACUAAUUUAACCUAUAAAGAAAGACUAGUAAAAAUUUUACUCCGAGAGGUCAAACAAUUAAGAAAUAAACGUAUUCUACUUGUCAAAGUUUUGUGGAGAAAUCAAACUUCACAAGAAGCAACAUGGGAACGGGAAGAAGAUACGAAUAUUAAAUAUCCGAAAUUAUUUGAUCGAGUGGAGAUGGGUAUUGUGAAGUAUGUAUCGGUUCUAUGUAUCAAUUCAAUGGUGCAUGACCCAUUUUGGCUUAUUGAUGAAGAUGAACGGGUCCUGUUCACUUCUUCUGGGAAUCGAAAAAACCUUGCGCUAAUAAUUCCUACGUAG